GACGCGACGCUACGAGUGCUCUCACCCAGACGCCUCUGCUUCUGUUGCUUCGCGCGGCUAAAAUUAUCCCCACAUUGUCUGAUUAUGAUCAAACUGCUUAAUUUUUUUGUGAGACAUUAAAAGUUUUCAUUAUUUUGAAAAUAGGUGUGCAAUUUAUCACCCUAAUUAUACCAAGAUUGACUGUUUUCAUUUUGUGACGAGCUUUCAAUCUUGUGUAAUGCAUAAAGCGUUCAUAGCGUUUGUUACGCUGUCCUGCUUGUUGCAGCCAAGUCUGUACGCAGCCUCAGUGACACCUGUAGGAGUUAUGCCCGAUGUCGUUAGCGCAGACCGAGUACGCACAGCACUGAAGGCGCUCUUAGCACUCAACGACGGGGAGCUGCAGUCACUCAUGGGAGGCGAAGAUCCAAGGUCUGUAGCCCACAGAAUAUCUCCAGAAACACAGCUCUUCCUCCAAGGUGCUCACAGGAAACUUGAUAAACUGAGGAAAUCUUUCCCGACGCUUGACGAGAUACCUGGUGACAUGACCAUCGCUCGGAGACGAAAGUCAAAAAGGCAUCCAAAAGGUCAUAAAAACAAGAACGCAGACAGCUUGAUCGGCGCAAUCGCCGAGAUAGCAGAACACCAUCAAAUUCAUGAACAAAGUUUGGAAAAUAACAUCAAUGUACCUGAAACUUUCAUUGAGGAAUAUUUACAACCAAGCUCUGAGAUUAACCAGAAAAAAUCAAUACAACACGGCAAACAUUUUCCCAAGCAUCACGACCGCUGCAAGAACAAGGGAUUCCAUCCGGAAUUCUGGUUUAGGCCACGAGAAUGUCCACCAGCUCAAGAUGGGACACCGCAAUUUUACUGUCCGUCCCCCAACGAGGCUAAGCAAUGGCGCUGCAUCGACCAAGACGCUCUCUGCGACGACGUCCCAGACUGCCCUAACGCAGAGGAUGAGAUGCCUGCAUCAUGUCUCUUCUACACGCCUAUCCGAGAUCAGCUGGAAGAAGUUUUCAUCUUGCUGAGUCGAGUGCGUUUUGUUUAAUUAAUUAAGAAGAGUUCGAAGCUCCUCCGUCUGUACAUACGAGUCUUUAACAUAUUAUUAAGCUUUGUUGUGACGCUCUUUUGUGAUCUCACAUCUGCUGCCGGCAAUCCGGCGGCAAAUUCUUAAGUUAAUGCUGAAAAAUCUAAGAAUUUUCGACCCGGACAACAAACGGAUUAUGGUGACUACGUGUAUGGAAAAUUUCAAGAUGUUAUUAUUGCACUGCCAGGCCGGAUCCCUUGUGGAAUCAAGUCACGAAAAGUACAAGA